GCUAUGCGAAAUUAAGAUUAACGGCCACUAACCUUAAGAGUGCUCUAAAACGUACUUUUUCCAACUAUGUACGGGAAUUUUAGCAGAAUUUUUUAUCUUAUUUUGGCAUUUGAAUGUUUUUCCGCAGUAAACUGCACCACGCGCUACUAUAACUCCUACACAACUUAUGGCUCGGGCGAUACAGUAAUUUUCAACUAUCACAUUCAUGGUGGACCCAGAAUCCCCAACCGAAAAUGGAACUGCGAAUGUCUGGAUGGAGAAGCUAUGAUUGGAAUUGCAGACUACUACGACGAUUUCUCGAGACUGCAACAAACAUGGUGCAAAUUUACUUACCAGUACAAGCCGCCCGCGCAAGGAAAGUAUCCUUAUUAUGGAGGAUGUCACGUUAGGAAUUAUACGGAUCAAUAUUUCUGCUUUGAUCCAAGAAAUGCCGAGAAAACUUUCAAUACCUUUAUUACAGCAAUGUGGAGUAACAGCUAUUUCUGGUAUAUCAACAAUGUCCUCGUGACGGAGCUUAACCAGCAGCAGUACAAAUGCUGUCAACCACCAAACGGCUAUUAUGUGGACUACACUUCCUGUUACUACGUUUCCACCCAUGAUUUUCAGUUCGAAUAUUACGACAAUUAUGACCACUUUAUUGUAUUUUGCACCACGGGCUAUGUGAUGACGGGAAUAUCAAAGAAGAUUAACCCCUAUAAUUUUGACUAUCACAUCGACUGGAUUCAGUGCUGUCGCAUGGGAUAUGGCGCACCGGAAGCUCACAGUCCGCCGGUUAUCUAUUCGCCGUCAGGAGCAUCAAGCUAUUACUCGUAUCCUUCCGGCCGCAGUUUACCGGACAUGGGCUAUCCACCUCCACCAGCGUAUAAGGCGCAGUAUUUGCGAAAACAAACAGUAAACAUUUCCAGUACCCUUUUACUAGAAUCUCACAUUAAUAAUCCACGAGAUUUCGGGGUACAACCAACAAUAUACAAAGGUUCAUUUGUUGAUGCUGAAUGAAUUAGGAUGUGCAAAACUAAUUCGCUGACUUGAAAGAAAUACACAUACGAGAGAUUCGCAGAGUU